GAGGUGUUACUUAACAGAAGCCAUGGAGCUGCCAGUGCUGCUUUGUGAAGCAUGACAGGUGUUGAGGUCGGGUGAGGACUGGCCGAGGGAGCCAGGGUGGUGAGGGAAGCGCGCUGAUGCGACGCACAGCCUCGCUCGACACCAUCUACCUCAAAGGACAGUGGCCUAAGGACGAGCAAUCCUUCACACAUCUGUUGAAUGUAGACAAGGCUUCACAGACCCCAGAAGAGUGGGCCACAAGCUGUUAUGGGGCAUUGAACCUUGGUUGGUCUGUGUGUGAAGAAUCCAACAACAGCGGCAGCAAUUGCAGUAGUAGCAGCAGCAGCAAUAGUAGCAGCAGACGCCCUUCAGUGUCUGUAGUGUCAUCGCCAUGGUUAACUAGUGGCAGCCAGGCUCCUCCAGCAUCAGGAGAAAUAGAUAAAUUUAUUCGUCAUCGGCUGCAACGAACUAACAAAGAAGGGACAAUUACUAGUGGGCUACGCUACAGUCCCAUACAUGCUGAUCACUCCGUCCUUGCACCAGCUCCCGUUCACCCAAGACACCAUGCCCUCCAACAUGCAAAUGGUGGGUCCCGUGCCAUCCCGAUACCACAGCUGCCAAAGCCGUUGCUUCCUCCUCGAUUACGCAGUUCUGUGGAGGGUCUUAACCAAGAAAUUGAACGUCUCGUCUUACGCCCGUCCCACAUACCUGGGGAAGACGUAGAUGAUGUGUGGGGUGAGGUUGCACGUGAUGGCCGAAGAGCACCAAUUGCUGAUUACUUGCGAUUCACAAGAAGUAUCGACACUCAGACACCAGCUCGAGGGUCAUCUGUGUCUGCAACCAGUUCCAACCACACAUCACCUUCCCUCUCUCCACCAACCUCUCCGCCACCUAGCCUGGAUGCUGCCAUGCCACCCUCGACCCCAAGCCCAUCUGGGGCUCCAACACUGGCCACUUCCCCGCACAUAAAUAAAUUUUUGGCUAGGGAGCCCCCUGAUGGCUGUGAGAGAGUGGCUCUCAAGCAGCAUGAAGACAGAUCAGGAGCAACUACAAGAGGUGUUUGGCCAGCUGUUAGACCACCUGGUGCUUUCACUCUGCGGCCCAGUCAGGGAUCAGCCUUCUGUCCACCAGAUAGGGUAGGAUCAGAAGAGAUGUGUGGAGCCACAGCCCUCCAUGUUUGUGAGCAUCACACUGCUACUUCAAGUGAACCUUGUCCUUUGUGUGGCAGCAGUAGUAUUAGCAGUCCUAGUGGAUAUCUUGAGGCUGGCAGUUCUGACCAAGACCCUCAUCAAACCUGCCAGUCAGCAUCAUGUGAAGCAUCAGCAACCUGUGAAGCUAGUGUGUCUACUAUGGUCCUUAGUUCUGCCAGCACAAGUAUAGGGGAAUCUCCUGAAGUUACUGCUGAUCAAUAGCGAAGGCCAUGUUUUAGCACAUUUUACAAUUAUUUUUGUCAUCCUGCAGUUUAACAGUUAUCUUAAAAAAAAGUGGUUCAGACAUUGUGGUUCUUAAUAGACAUUAUAGUGAUUCGUGAAUAUGCUUACUGAGUAUUAUUUGGUAUGUAUUAAUGUACACAGUGUAUUAACUUUCAACGUGAUUCAGCAUUUCCAAGGCAAUUUUGUACGUAUAUCCCAAUGUUGCAUAUUGUUCACCUAGAAGUGAAUAAGCUCCCUUACAUCUCAGGAUUUAAUGGAUAAGUAGCCACUAUAAUGUAGACCUAAUUGACACAUUGUAAGGAACUGCUCAUGUACUUACUCUUCACCCUCUUGGUGGAGGACCCGUCGACUACCCUCCUGCAAGGGAAAUAUUGACUCUAUUGUUAAUAAAACUGCUGUAAUCACUCUUGAUGCAGGAACUAGUGUAAUCUAUUCUUGUCAUGGAAAUCUCUUUCUAAUAAAGGAAGUAACUUUCACUCUUGCUCAGACAGUGUUAAAAAAAAUCUUUAUUCUGGUGAAUUAGUAAGUUUGUUUCUGAGUGUCACAUUAUUCACCGUAUGAUAUUCUCCAUGAAACAGAACUGCCUACCAGCAGACACUUUACUGACCUUAAUACAUUACCGGUAGUCACUUCUGUAUUAUGUGAUUAAUCUUCUGAUUAUUUACAACUGGUCUGAUUACUCUUAAAGGAAAUCCUCUACCACCAGAAAACUGGUAUGACACCCACUUGAGGAUAGUAAUCUGUGAUAUCUAAUAAGAGACUGGUUUAAGAAUGAUGGUUCCCAAAGACUUUACUGUUAAUCUGGCUAAACAAUUUGUAUAUGUGGGUGUGCAUUUGCGUGUGCAUGUGUGAGCGUGUGUGUAUACAUGUGUGUGUGAGAGAGAUUACCUAUUUGUGAUUACCUGUCUGUAGUUACAGGAGCAGAGUUAUGCUCUUGGUGUCCCAUCUUCAAUAUUUAGUCAUAAAUUUUUAAUGCUUCCAGUAGUUGUCAUAUCAUAUCACUUCUUGGACCCCAGGUCAUCUGUGCGUCACUCUUCCUCAUGAAGAAAUGUUUUUUAGUGCCAUUUCUGUACUGUUUCUUAGUAAAUUAAAGUUGUGGCCUCUUUUUCUUCCCUUUGAAUCUAUCGAAACAUCUUCCUUAUCUGUUUAUCAUCCUUUUAUGAACUUCUGGCAAUCAUAUUUCCUUUUUAACUCCUGCAUACUAGUAAGGGCUUUGCUGGUGCUUGCAAUUUUUGUCAUUCAUAUUUCUCCACUUUUGAAUACAUUUUAUUGCACGUCUUUGAAUUGUUUAUAUUUUAUCAAUUUUAAUAGGCUCAGACACUAUACUGUGCCUUCAUAUUCCAGUUUUAGUUUAAUGUGUGUUGCUAACAAUAUAUUUUAGCAUUUCACCAAACACAUACUGUUUGAAGUUUUCAUAAUAGUUUAAGAGAUUCUCAUGGCUACAUUUGUGUGGUUUUCUAUUGUAGUUGCAUGGGUGCAAGUAUCUGUGUGUACAUGUGUACAAAUGCAUGCAGGUGUGUACAUAAAUGCAUGCCUGCAUGUGCAUGAUGCAUGCCUCUCUGUCUCAGUUUGUACAGUUACAUUCACUGGUGUUUCUAUUUCAGCAACAUGAUUAGUACUGUGCUCAAGUGCUCCAGAUAUAACUUAUUUGUCAUACAUAUUUGCCAAUGUUUCCAGUAUUGUGAGGCAUACACAACAACUUUGUAAAGAUACACAACUUUGUGAGGCAGACACUACAGCUUUAUGAGACAUACUACAAUCUUUGUGAGACAUGCACUACAAUCUUUGUGAGACAUACACAAUCUUUGUGAGAUACAAUUUUUGUGAGACAUACACAGCAAUCUUGGUGAGACAUACACAGCAAUCUUGGUGAGGCAUACAUAGCAAUCUUUGUGAGGCAUAUACAGUAGUCUGGUGAGGCUUACUUAUCAGUCUUGGUGAGGCAUACAUAGCAGUCUUGGUGAGGCAUACACAACAAUCUUGGUGAGGCAUACAUAGCAGUCUUGGUGAGGCAUAUACAGCAAUCUUGGUGAGGUUUACAUAGCAAUCUUGGUGAGGCUUACAUAGCAUCUUGGUGAGGCAUACACAGCAAUCUUGGUAAGGCAUACACAACAAUCUUGGUGAGACAUCCAACAACUCUGAAGCCCAUUCUCUCUCUCUAUUUCUUUAUCAGUAAAUAAUAAUCUUUCCUUCACCUCUUUUUUUUUUUUUCAUAAUUUCUGUCUUCUGUUGCUUCAUCGUUUUCACCUGCUUUCCAGUGAUAACUUUUCCAGUGUUUUAAUCUUCACAAUUCAUAUUUCAUAACAAAACUACAUUUUUUGGGAUGUCUGUAGGCUUUUAUCUGUUUUUUAUAUACUUUUAAAAUGUGGACACCAUACUACAUCUGUGUAUUCCAUUUUAGGUCUAAAAUAAGUGCGAACAGUUUGUGUGCGAGAGAGAGACAUUACCAAUUUGUGUAUAUGUGUGUAUAUAUUCUUGUGUGCAAGUGUGUGUGUCUGUGGACAUGUAUAGUAUAUAUAUAAUCACCUAAUUGUGUUUACAGGGAGUGAGUUCCAGCCCCUGGGGCCCACCUCUUAACCAUUAAUCAAUUGGUGUGAUGACACACUAACCCCAUGGGUUUUGUCAUAAAGUAUUUAAAUUUGAUUCCAUAUAUGGAGUUUGCCUUCACGCCUUCCUCCCUAGUGUGUUCCACACUGACUAAUGACCCUUACACUGACUCCUCAGUGUGCUCCACACUGAUUAAAAACCACUCACACUGAAUCCGCAGUGUGUUCAACACUGACUAACGACACUCACAAUGAAGAAAUUGCUUUUAUAUUUCUAACUCAUCUGAAUAUUCCAUUUUCAUUUGUGCUGUAUGUGUAUACCUAACAUGCUUCUGUAAUUACUAAUUUGUAGUUACAGGUGUAGAGCUCUACUCACUGUGUCCCAUCCUCUGUGGUUAAGUUAUAAUCAGUGCAACUUUCUGCUACUUUCUCUGUGACUGUGGCUAAGUUAUGAACACUGCAACUCUCUGCUACUCUCUCUCCUCUCUCUCUCUCUAAAUGUGGUUAAGCUAUGAACACUGCAGCUCUGCUACUUUCUCUGUGAUUGUGGUUAAAUUAUGAACACUGCAGCUCUCCUGUACUCUGUUAUUGUGGUUAAAUUAUGAACACUGCAACUCCAUUCUGUGACUGAGGUUCAGUUAAGAACACUGCAGCUCUUCACUACUUUGUGACUGUGGCUUAGUUAUGAACACUACAGCCCUCCACUACUCUCUGACGAAGUACUUUGUAUUGUCUUUUAUGGACUUUUAAGGCUCUUGUGAGUUUAGCACUUAAUUUUUAUUACAAUAAUACGUAUGGGCUUUUGUUUUCAUAACUUGUUGCCUCUUGUUCUUUCUAAUGCUAACUUUUAAGAAAAUUUCCUUUCUCACUUCCAGUUUUGUGCCUUAAGUGGUAAUUAGAUUUCUCUACUUUUCCUGCCUUCCAGAGCAAGCAAUUCCAGUUUGCUCUCUCUUAUCCGUAAUUCUUAAUGAGGAAUGAGACACUUGUGCAACAUUUGGGAAUCAUUACUGUGAUAAUGAUUCUCAAGUCAGUGACUUCAUCAGUCAAAUACAGGGAAGAACAGUAUUGGACUGAUGAGGCCACUGGUUGGCAAAACAAUUCCACAAUGAAGAUACCCAAAUGUUGCAAAAGUCUUUCAUUGAACUGUCGGUUUUCAAACCCAUUUAUACAAUUCUGAAUUAUCUAAUACAUUAUGUUUCAUGACUCAGUUGUUGCAUUUUGUCUUUGAGGUUUUGUUUGAUGUGGUCACCCCAUGGUGAACCUGUGUAUCCCAGUUAGAGGUCUCCUGUGUUGUGAAGUAUUGCUUAAUGUUUCACAUUCUGUAUACUGCAGUUAUCCUAGGGUGUACCAGCAGAGCAUCCUAGAAUGAACCAGGAGUGCUUCCUAGACUGUAAAAGCAGUGUAUCCUAGAGUGUAUCAGUGCAACCUACGACGAACCAGCAGUGUUUCCUAGACUGUACCAACAGUGUAUCCUAGAGGAGUACCAGAAGUGUUUCCUAGACUGUACCACCUCUGCAUUCUAGGAAGAAUGAGUAGUGUUUCCUACAGUGUACCAGCAGUGUAUCCUAGAGGGGUAGCAGCAGUGUAUCUCAGAAUGUACCAGCUGUUUAUCCUAAGGUGUACUAGCAGUGUAUCCUAGGGUGUGCCAGCACAUAUCCUAGAAUGUACCGGCAGUGUAUCCUAGAGGAUACCAUUAUUGUAUGCUAGAGUACACCAGCAGUGUAUCCCAGUGUACCAACAAUAUAUCCUAGUGUACCAGUAGACUAUCCUGGUGUACUAGAAGUGUAUCCUAGUGUACCAUCAGUGUAUCCUACAGUGUAACAGCAAUGUAUCCUAGAAUGUACCAGAAGUGUAUUCUAGUGUACCAGCAGUGAAUCCUACAGUGUACCAGAAGCAUAUCCUAUAGUGUACUAGCAGUGUAUCUAGUGUACCAGCAGUGUAUCCUAAAGGGUACCAGCAUUGUAUCCAGAAGCGUAGCAGCAGUUUAUCCUAGUUUACCAGCAGUAUAUCCUAGAGUGUAUCAGCAGUGCAUCCUAGGGUCUCAUCACAUAUCCUAGAAUGUACCUAUAGUGUAUCAUAGAGUGUACCAGCAAUGUAUCCUAGUGUGUACCAGCAGUGUAUCCUAGUGUGUACCAGCAGUGUAUCCUAGUGUACUAGCAGUGUAUUCUAGUGUACAAGCAGUGUAUCCAAGUAUACUAACAGUAUAUUCUAGUGUACCAGCAGUGUAUCUGAGUGUACCAGCAGUGUAUCCUAGUGUGUACCAGCAGUGUAUCCAAGUGUACUAGCAGUGUAUUCUAGUAUACUAGCAGUGUAUUCAAGUGUACCAGCAGUAUAUCCUAGUGCAUUAGCAGUGUAUUCUAGUGUACCAGCAGUGUAUCCUAGUGUACAGCAGUGUAUCCUAGUGUACCAGCAGUGUAUCCUAAUGUGUACCAGCAGUGUAUCCAAGUGUACUAGCAGUGUAUUCUAGUAUACUAGCAGUGUAUUCUAGUGUACCAGCAAUGUAUCCAAGUGUACCAGGAGUGUAUUCUCGUGUACCAGCAGUGUAUUCUAGUGUACCAACAGUACAUCCUAGUGUGCCAGCAGUGUACCCUAGUGUGCCAGCAGUGUAUUCUAGUGUGCCAGGAGUGUAACUUGGUAUACCACCAGUUUAUCCUAGUAUACCAUCAGUGUAUCCUAGAGUACUAAUAUACACUAGAAUGUAUUAGCAGUGUAUGCUCGAGUGUAACAACAGUGUAUCCUGGAGUGUAUUAGCAGUGUAUCCUAGUGUGCCAGCAAUGUAUCCUAGUGUACAAGCAGUAUAUCCUAGUGUGCAAACAGUGUAUCUUAGUGUACUUGUGUUAUAUCUUAGAGUGUAUGCUAUAGUGUAUGAGCAAUGUAUGCUGGAGUGUAUGAGCAUUGUAUACUAGAGUGUAACAGUAGUGUAUCCUAGAGUCCAUUAGCAGUGUAUGCUAGAGUGUAACAGUAGUGUAUCCUAGAGUGUAUCACCAGUAUGUCAUAAAGUGAA